CCUCAGUUGAGCUACUUUGGUUGUCAGAUGAAGUGCAGUGUAGAAAAAUCGUUAACUGAACAGCUGAGAGCAAGGUUUGUGGAAUCUUUGAGCAACAGGGUCAUGAUUUUUGAAAAGUAAAACGAGUAUUUUUUGUUUGUUUGUUUGUUUAGUAGUUGCAUUUGAGGUUAUCUGAUUGAUUGUGUUUGAGCAUGGUUUCUCCAGAUAAUUGCGGCUUCACUAAAGGUAGACAUGCAUAACCUGGAAUUCCUGGAAGUAAAAGGGAAAAAAGCGUCAUUCACUCAGUCCGUGAGCUUCACAUUUGGGUUGGGCUUCUCCAAAUUUUCUUUCACCGUUUCAUGGGAAGCAGCAUUCCUGUCAGUGACGGAGACUUGUAUGAACAAGAAUGUUUUGCUGAUGCGUGUCUAUUCUCUAAAAUGCAAGCUUUUAAAUUUUAUCUAUACGCCUCGGGUGCUUAUAAUAACAAUUGACUCAGGGUGAAAAGCGCCUCAGGAAACAGAGAAAUGCAUUAUGGUACCUCACACUGGAACAUGUUAUCUUAAAGAAUGCAUGCUUUUUUUUAAUAAAUAAUAACUGAGUGAAGACUCUGUUUUAGCACAGGGUAUUGAAAAAAGAAUCCCAGGACAAUCAUACAUCGAGAUAAUACAAAGGUUUCGACAGAAAAGGGGAGUGAGAGGGUUUUAAGGAAGGACACGCCUCUCUGAAGCGCUCCCUUAACCCACAGCAUGUUACAACCUGCGAGGCGAGAUGUUAUGGUUUGAGCUCACAGGAGCACUGUCAGAGCUGGUGAGCAGCGGAUAUUUCAACGCGAUACAUAUCACAAAGAGAAAAUACAUCUUGAAAAGGUUCAGAAGUUCAUCUAGCAUGAACAACAUAAGUGUCUCAUUCCUGACUGGCCCAGAGACUACUCCUGACCCUGAUGAGGAAAAUGCUGUGAAAAAUAACUAUUCCACAGCCAUUGGUGCCCUCAUUUUCAGCUUGGUCUUCCUCCUGGGUGUCCCUGGAAAUCUCUUCGUUGUCUGGAGCAUCCUGGCUCGCUGCCGACAACGCUCAGUCACCACCCUCCUCAUCCUCAACUUGGCAUGUGCUGAUGGGUUCCUCAUGGCUCUCUCCAUCUUUUUCAUCAUCUUACUGGCGUUGCGGACGUGGAUCUUUGGUAACGCCAUGUGCAAAAUUGUGUUCUACCUGUGCAACUCCAACAUGUAUGCAUCAGUCUUUCUGAUAACCCUGAUGAGCGUGAACAGGCUGUUGGCCGUGGUCUUUCCACACACACUGUAUCACCUGAUCACCAGGAAGGUUGUGAGGAGGGUGAUCCUAGGCACAUGGGUGCUAGUGAUUGUCAUGUCUAUCCCCUCGUUGGUGUUUCGAGAUGUGAAAGAAGUAACUGAUGAAAUGAAUCAAACAACAUAUUUGUGUGCACCCAAUCACACGCUGCGUAGACACGUGAGGUUUGAGUACGCCUUUCAGACAGUGGCAGGAUUCAUUAUUCCUUAUGCAAUCAUUAUAACCAGCUACGUUCUCAUCCUGAAACGCCUGAGGGAGACCAGGUUUCAACGAAAUUUCCGCAGCGAGAAACUCAUCCUGGCUAUCGUCAUCAUGUUUGGCCUGUUCUGGUUGCCGUACCACGUCGUCAACAUGAUACGGGUGGCAGCUGCGUGGUACCCAAAGGACUCAGAAACAAGAAAACGAUUGCGUGAUAUCGCCGACUUAACCCGAGCGGUGGCCGCAGCUUUGGCCUUCAUCAGCAGCUGUGCUAACCCCGUCCUCUACACCUUUGCUGGGAAAUCCUACAUCAAGAAUAAUGGCUUUGCCUUUAUGGCUAAGCUGUUUGAGGGAACAUCAUCGGAAACAGAAACCAAAACCACGCGGUUCACAGCAAAAGACGAUCUGGGAAAGAAUAACGUUGAUUCCGAAAAUCAUACACUGGCUUCUACUCUGCAAAAUCGAUGUUGAAUGAACUUAAUGCACUUAACAGACUGUAUAUAAAUGAGAACACUUAAAAUUGUGUAAAUCUUUAAAUGGAAUAUGUAGCUUGAGCAUUUGAGGCCACAGACGAUAAGCACCAGCACAGUAUAUUUAGAAUCUGAUAACAGGGUUUAAGUGGAAGUAAGAGGCACAGGAACAGCCAGGCUACCUUUGCCUGCAUGCACCUGAAUAUCUGUAAAGUGUAUAGGACUGUACAUACUUUUUUUGUGUGUCACAUUAUGUGUAUGUGAGAAUGCUACUUAACACAGAAAGCAGACUCAGCCGAGGGAUUUCAUGCUUAGUGUGUUCAUUUAUAGUCAGGUGAAUGAAUGAAGAUGGGAUGGUUGGAGAAGUUUGGCCUUACACAGAGACACAGAUUGAAUGGUUUAUAUGACACUGUGUGUGUUUUUUAAAUGCAACUGUCAAGAAUUGUAAAUGGCUGUACCCAAAAGGCAGACUCACAAAAUUGCCAUAAAGCUCAGUAGGUUGAUUUAUAAUGAUAUAACUAUAUAAAAUGAGCUGACAAAGAGUGAUGUAGCCUAGGUGGGCCUAGGACGUAGUCUAGGAGGGUCAUGAGAGAGAGAAAACAAGUGUAAGUGAUGACUUGCAGGGAGGAGAAAUAAGUAGUUCAGCUCAGAGGAGACAUUGUGAAGUAUUCCUCAAGGCAGGCCUAAGCAAAAUUAGGUUUUUGGGCCUUCUAUUACUGUCAGUAGUACUGCUUAGUGAUCAUUCACACACCUACUAUUAUCUUAUUUCAUUUUCUAAUGUUCCAUUAUAAAUAUGCUUGUGAAACUAGAUGUGAGAACUCUUUGUUGCUGUUAGAUUGAGCUUUAGCACUGUAGAUUACAAAGAAUCAGAAACAAUUUGCACACUUGCAGAAAAAUAAUUCAAAUAAUAUUUAGCAAAGUCAGCAUCUCCCCCUAAUGGCCACACAGAGAAGCAAUAUCCAAAACCUCAAAGAGCUGCACAGUUGCAGCAGUGUUGUUGCAUCAUCUUAUUGCCAGCCUGGAAUGUUUUAACCCAUCUAUGGCUUUAAUCUGAAUUGGUAGUAAGUUCAGCUGCAAGUGUGCCUGGGAUUGAUUUACACGUGAUAUUCAGUGUGAUAUAAUAUUGUAAUGAUUGUUAAAGGCUAUUCUACUGUGACAGGUUGACUAUCUGUGUGCACUGUUGUUUCUUUAAGAGACAUGUUUGGUUGUGCUGCAGGAAAAGUCAGUGAGUGUGUGCAGGAAGG